GAACAGGGAGCGCGUGGACUAAAAUUGUGUGUACCAUCACUAUUCCCGUUGUAACUACCCUCCCGAUAUAUACUCUACUCCACUCCCCCCAUCCUUUUCACUUUCACUUUUUCUAGGGUUUUUACUUCGUUCGUCGUUCUCGAUCUUAAUUAGGUUUUGGCUGGUAAUUUUGCUCUCUAAGCAAGGAUUUGUUGUUGAGUAAUCCGAUAUGGAUUCAGAAACAGGCAAUGGUGGGGCUACGGAUGCUUUACCCCCACCACCACCAGUUCCAGAAGACCUCGUUCCAAUCAAAGCUGAGCCAGAAGCCAAGAAGAAGGUCAUGCGUGUACCCAUGGCCAGGAGGGGCCUUGCCAGCAAAGGUCAAAAAGCCCAACUUUUGACCAAUCACUUCAAGGUCAACGUGUCGAACGUUGAUGGACACUUCUUCCACUACAGUGUGGCCCUUUUCUAUGAAGAUGGCCGUCCUGUGGAUGCCAAAGGCGUGGGCCGAAAGGUGAUUGAUAAAGUUCAUGAAACGUACAAAUCUGAACUGGAUGGAAAAGAGUUUGCUUACGAUGGAGAGAAGAGUUUGUUUACUGUCGGUGCGCUUCCUAGAAACAAACUCGAGUUCACUGUUGUACUUGAUAGUAUGAACUCCACCAGGAACAACGGAAAUGCAAGCCCUGAUAAUGACGCUGACAAGAAAAGAAUGCGCCGCUCAUAUCAAUCCAAAACUUUUAAGGUGGAGUUGAGUUUUGCUGCUAAAAUCCCAAUGCAGUCAAUUGCACAGGCUUUAAGAGGUCAGGAAUCUGAAAACUCUCAAGAAGCCUUGAGGGUGCUUGAUAUCAUCUUAAGGCAACAUGCAGCCAAACAGGGCUGCCUGCUUGUUCGCCAGUCGUUUUUCCAUAACGACGUGAAGAAUUUUGCUGAUGUUGGAGGCGGUGUGCUUGGGUGCCGUGGGUUCCAUUCAAGUUUCCGUACAUCUCAGGGUGGUCUAUCCCUCAACAUUGAUGUAUCUACUACAAUGAUUAUCCAACCUGGACCAGUGGUCGAUUUUCUGAUUGCUAACCAAAAUGUCAAAGAUCCCUAUUCUGUUGACUGGGCCAAGGCAAAGCGAACCCUGAAGAACCUUAGGGUUAAGAACAAUGAGACUAACACCGAGUAUAAGAUAACUGGCUUGAGUGAGAAGCCCUGCAACCAGCAGCUGUUUUCAUUGAGGCAAAAGACGAAAGAUGAAAAUGGUGAGUUUGAGACGAUGGAAGUCACUGUGUACGAUUAUUUCGUGAAUUAUCGCAAAAUGGACCUGCGUUAUUCUGGAGAUUUACCGUGUAUCAAUGUUGGGAAGCCCAAAAAGCCAAUAUUCCUUCCCAUCGAGUUCUGUACAUUGGUCUCGUUACAACGCUACACAAAAUCACUCAAUACAAUGCAGCGAGCCUCUUUGGUGGAGAAAUCUAGGCAAAAACCUCAAGAAAGAAUGAGGGUUCUGAGUGAUGCUCUAAAUCGCAACGAUUAUGGUACUGAGCCUUUGUUGAAAUCUUGUGGCAUUUCAAUAAGCAACAGCUUUACGCAAGUUGAAGGCCGUGUUCUUCAAGCACCAAGGCUUAAAGUGGGUAAUGGUGAAGAUUUCUUCCCGAGGAACGGAAGGUGGAAUUUUAAUAACAAGAAACUGGUGGAUCCCACAAAAAUCGAGAAAUGGGCUGUUGCUAACUUUUCAGCUCGCUGUGACAUCCGUAAUCUUGUGAGGGAUUUGAUCAAAUGUGGAAACUUGAAAGGGAUUAAAAUUGACGAGCCUUUUGAUGUGUUUGAGGAAAGCCCUCAAAAUAGGCGGGCUCCACCCGUUGUUAGAGUUGAGAAAAUGUUUGACUUCAUUCAGUCUAAACUUCCUGGAGCUCCUCAGUUUCUCCUUUGUUUGUUGCCUGAGAGGAAGAACUCUGAUCUCUAUGGUCCUUGGAAAAAGAAAUGUCUCGCCGAAUUUGGAAUCGUGACUCAGUGCAUUGCCCCCAUGAGGGUCAAUGAUCAGUAUCUGACCAAUGUUCUUUUGAAGAUAAAUGCAAAGCUUGGUGGAUUGAACUCUAUGUUAGCUGUUGAGCAUACUCCAUCUAUUCCGAUUGUAUCCAAGUCACCAACGCUCAUUCUUGGAAUGGAUGUGUCUCAUGGUCAGCCUGGCCAAUCUGAUGUGCCCUCAAUCGCAGCGGUUGUUAGUUCACGACACUGGCCAUCGAUCUCGCGUUACAGAGCUUCUGUUCGUACUCAGUCUCCAAAACUUGAGAUGGUUGACUCUCUGUUUAAGAAGGUUUCCGACACCGAGGAUGAAGGCAUAAUGAAGGAGGUUCUGCUUGACUUCUAUGUGAGCUCUGCGAAGCGAAAGCCUGACCAGAUUAUUAUUUUCAGGGAUGGUGUGAGUGAAUCACAGUUCAGCCAGGUUCUCAAUGUCGAACUGGACCAAAUUAUCGAGGCUUGCAAGUUUCUUGAUGAUAAAUGGUGCCCAAAGUUUCUGUUGAUCAUUGCUCAAAAGAAUCAUCACACAAAGUUUUUCCAGCCAGGAUCCCCAGAUAACGUUCCACCUGGAACUGUGAUUGAUAACAAGGUGUGCCAUCCUCGAAACAAUGAUUUUUAUAUGUGCGCACAUGCUGGGAUGAUUGGGACUACCCGGCCGACCCAUUAUCAUGUUCUGUAUGAUGAGAUUGGGUUCUCAGCUGAUGAUCUACAGGAGCUUGUACACUCUCUGUCAUAUGUGUACCAGAGAAGCACUACUGCGAUCUCUGUUGUUGCUCCUAUUUGCUACGCCCAUUUGGCAGCCACACAGAUGUCUCAGUUUAUGAAGUUUGAGGAUCGCUCCGAGACAUCUUCGAGCCAUGGUGGUACUGGUGUUACAUCGGCUGGAGCAGUGCCGGUUCCUCAGUUGCCCAAACUGCAGGAAAAUGUUUGCAACUCGAUGUUUUUCUGUUAAGUGGUUUGAUGUUCUUCAGACGUUUUUUUUUUGUGCGUAAAGUUUGUUGACCUUUCUCCUGUCAUGGAGUUGGCCUGAACAGCUAGUAACUUAGGAUAAUGGUGGUGAAUGAAUGUUUAGGAAGCCGUGUGCUUGUUUGGAUCUAGAUACUACUGCUAACCAUGUUUAUGGUGUUUUGCUUUAUGAACUUUAUGAUGGUUAUGUUGCAAAAUCUUAUAAUUCAUGCUUAUGUUA